UUCGUCAUCAUUUAAUAUCAUAUUAUUGUUUCUGAUAUUAAGUAAUCUAGUAAAGUAAUCGUUAAACUCGAUUCGCAUCAAAAAAAAAAUGCAAAACUUACAUUAUAUUUUUUCAUCACUCUUUUUCGGCUUGUUAAUAUACAAUAACAAUAUUGUUUACGGAUGUUUCUGUUACCCACAAAGUACAAAUCAAGAAUUAUAUUGCAGAGCUGACUUUGUUAUAAAAAUGAGGUUGGAAAAUACAGUAGCAAGUCGUUAUUCAUUUUUUGGACCAACAAAACAUUAUAUCAAUAUUACAGAAAUUUUUAAGGCUACUGAUGGCGCUAGCAAGGCUUUGGAAUCUAAUAUGUUAUUCGAUUUUGGCGGUGGUACAAGUUGUGAAGUUCCUUUAGAACGCGAUGGAGAUUAUGUUCUCGGAGGAAAAGUACAUGAUGGAAUGGCUAAAAUACACCUUUGUUAUUUAUUAAUUAAUGAUAUUGAUCAGAUAAAUAAUGAAUAUAAAAAUCUUCGUGAGAAUUAUGUUAAGAAUUGUAAAUAAUUAAAUAGUUAAUGAACAGCAUAUGGAAAAAAAGAAUUAUAUGAAUUGUAAAGCGACAAGUUCCAGACUAAUUUAUAGUUAAAAUGUAAAUAAUUGAAGGAUAAAUAUUUAAAUUUAUUGUUUAUGCGGGAAAAAUUAAAAUUUGAACUUUAAAAAUUGUAACUAACAUCAAAAAUUUAUGGCGCAGAGUAAAUUCUUUCUAAAGUUAUAUAAUAAUUAUAUUUUAGUAUCUUCUGUAUUACUAUAUAUACUAAAGUUGCGUUUUCAAUAAAAUAU